CACUAGAUGAUGAUCAAUUAGAAGAAAUAUUAAAAUUGAAAGAAAAAGUAACAGGUAUAACUCAUAGAAAAGCUCAUGAAUCGCGAAGAGAAUAUAUAUUUGAUUUUCUAAAUAAAAUAUCAAAUAAAAAUGAUGCAUCUAUAUUCACAUUAAGAGGAGCCAUUAACGAUAUGCUCAAAGAAUAUGAGAGAGAUACUAACUCACCAAUCUCUAUUACAAAUGAACAAUUCAAAGCAAUGCCAGAAUAG